AAUUCGAAACGUGAUGCUUUCCUUGACUUUUCAUUGGUCGAAAUUAAGCGCUGUCAAGAUUUCUGACAGUAAAUUUGACGUUUUGAAGCAAGUGUCAGAAGUUUUUGUCUUUACUGAUGUGAAAACAUUUUGAAAUGGUAUUUAAUAUAUAAUUAACUUUAUAUAGUGUUAAAAUAUUUGUUAAAUAAGAACAAAAUCAUUAAUUCUAAGGAAUAAUGGAACCGACUCCGCCCGAUUCAAACAAUGGACAACAAAAUAAUCAACAAGAAAUCACUGUAGACAAUAACCUACCUAGUGCUGCAUCCAGUCCAGUAUCAAGCCCAGUAAAUAUCUCUGCUAGUACAUCUAGUGAGGAAAUACCGCCACCAAAAGCAGAUUAUUAUGCACCCCCACCUUAUGAGGUUGCUACAAAGGGUACCAAAUUACCCACAUAUGAAGAAGUCCAAAGAGAAAAACAUUUGGAAGAGCAGGAUAUUCCAAUACCAAUUAAUUCUCCUACGACAAGGCCAUUACCAUUUCGUCCAGGACAAAGGGUUAUAACUAUUGAUACAGAGAAUCCUGAAGAUGUGGAUACAUCUUUAUUAGGAACAGAUUUUAUGUUUUAUAUCGCUUUCUUUGUCGCUUUUAUUUUUAACUGGAUAGGAUUUUUAUUAUUAAUGUGUUUUUGCCAUACAAUCGCUUCAAGGUAUGGGGCCUUGUCCGGCUUUGGUUUGUCAUUAGCAAAAUGGACUUUUAUUGUACAACACUCAACGGAAUUAGCUUCAAAAGAUAACAGUUGGUUAUGGUGGCUUAUAAUGACUUUUGGGCUCAUCAUUUGUAUCCGUGCUAUACUGCAAUACUUGAGUAUAAAAAGGGGAUGGCACAUGUUAUCUGCAAGUCAUCAAGAGAGGCUUUUAUUUUUUUAUUAAGCUUUAAAAAUGUGUAGGUGUUUUUCAAGUAUACUAUUCUUGUGUACUUGUCACGGCGUACUUUAAAUGUGAUUAGAAAACAUUCAUUCCUUUCAAGUUUUUUUUUCCAAAAGUUGUUGAAUGUGAUGUUAUUUCGUGCAUUUUUUAAUAAUACAGUUUGAUAACGUUUAAUAGCUUCAAAAUAACUUCUUUUAUUAUUAAAUGACCUUAUUGAUUAGUAAUUUCCCAGUGAAUUAAAAUUUAGUCAAAAAGAUGAGGAAAACAACGAAAAUUUUCCGAAAAAAUUGGAUUUUAGAGAAAAAAUUGGGUUAUAUGGAAAAAUAUUGGUUCUGGUGUGAAAUAAAAGAUUUUACAGCUAAUACUAAGUCUUCUAUUGCCUUAUUAGGUAUAAUAGCAGAAACAUCAAAUUGGCAACUAUGUGUGAAAUUGCGAUUAUAUAAGUUGGUAACCAUGAAAAAAUUCAUUUAAAGGUCUAGGUAAUGAAGGCUACAACAUUUGACAUCACCACUAAAAGCUCUGAGUAGAAUCAGGUCUUCGAAACGUCAUUUCAAAUCUCAUUGUUUGUUUAAAGUCUUUUGUUUGUAAUUGUCUAGGUUCAAACUUUUAUUUAAGGUCAUAGUUGUCUUUUUAAUUUAAUCAGAACCAAAUUUUGAUAGCAAGGUACCCCAUUUCACUUAUAUUUUUGAAAAUCAAUGGUUUAUCUGUAGCUUAGGGCACAUUUUUACCCUUUUUUCAGUUCAAAAUGUUCAUAUUACAAAAGUUUCCUCUAAAAAUAACAUCACAAUCUCAUAGUUUAGACAUUUUUUGAAAAUUACAGCUUGUAACUCUAUAUAGAGUAUUUUCUAUUGUUUUCGACAAGUUUUCUAAUAGAUAAUCUUCAAAAAAUCGAUUUUUAUGGCCAAUUCUCCAUAGAUUUUAUCCUGGGAGUAAAUUUGUUGUUGUAUUAAAGAACAGGCAUCAUCAGAUCAUUUUUUGUUGCUAUAAUUAGGGGUAAGGACCCCAUUUCACUUAUAUUUUCGAAAAAAACGGUGUAUCUGUUCCUUAGGACACAUUUUCAUCCUUUUUUCAGUUCAAAAUGUUCAUAUUACAAAAGUUUUCACUAAAAAUAACAUUUCAAUCUCAUAGUUUAGACAUUUUCUGAAAAUUACAGCUCAUAACUAUAUAUAGAGUAUUUUUUAUUGUUUCCGACAAGUUUUCUAAUAUAUAAUCUUUUAAAAAUCAAUUUUUAUGGCCAAUUUCCCAUAGAUUUUAUACUGGGAGUAAAUUUGUUGUAUUAAAGAACAGAUAUCAUUUUGCUGCACGAACUUCUUGAUAAGCCCCCGUAUUAGAAACGUCAACAAUAGAACAUCAAUCGAUGAAGUCAUUACAUCGAAAUAUGAAAGGAUUGUAUUGAAGUUAAUUCAAAUUUAAACAAAAAUGUCCUAUAAAAAGUUGCUGGCCAACAUACGAGGGCUACUCAUUGAAUACGUUACUUUUUAUCUUAUCAUGGAAAAUCAGUUUAUUUCCGUCUAUGUCUUUAGUAAAGUAUAGAAACAUAAAAUUUCAUUUUUUACAUUGAAAUUGCAACAUAAUUGUAAAUUUAUAUUUCCCUGGUGUAAAAUAACUUUUUUCUUAACAAAAAACAGUCGUUCUUUUUUUAAAACUAGAUAUUUUAUUGAUUUAUAAACUUUGAUAAAUUCACAGUUUUAACUUUUGUUUUGUAUCUGGUGAAUCUAAGGUUACAAAACAGCGCAAAAAUUCGUGCAUAUAGCGGUUUGUACUAGAUUUUGUUUCGCGAACGUGUUGUAUCGUAUUUAAAAAACAGUCAACAAUAUGGCGUCAAUUGAGGAUGUCAUAACAACGAAUAUUGAAAGCGCAUUGUAUCCAAAAGAGUGUAGUAAUCUUGAUAGAUAGCUGUGAUUCUAAAAACCGACAUCAGACGAAACAACCCGAUUGAGAUUAAAUUGUUUCAAGGCACUUUUUGUAUUCGUUUCACUUAGAUGGAAAUGUCGAUGGUAUUUUUCCUAACCUCACAUUCAACAAUAAUGUAUUUUGUUAUAUUUAAAUAUUUGAAAAUGUGAUUGGAAUUAUGAAGACAAUAUAUGUAGUUUGGAUAAAAAAAAUCGAACAAAACUUCGUAAUUUUCAAUUGCUUGAAUACAAAUUUGCAAGUAAUUUUUUAAUUCUUAUCAAAAUGGCACUAAAAUUUUAGUGAAAAAACGUGAUAUUUGAUUUUUUGUGUACACAAUGUUGAAGAUCUUAUCUAGUUCGUAAAACAAUGUUUGUACUAGAGAUGAGAAUAACAGAAAUAAAAGUCGUAACCGUGAUUUAGUAACUGUUGGUGAAUUAUAUUCAUACUUCGUUGAUAUGGCAACACAAUAAGGGGGUGAAGGUCAACGAUUUUGUCGCCUAUAAUUUAAUUGAAUUUCAAUUCGGAAAAAUUGAAAGUUAUUUGAAUAGUUCUUAAAAAUAAAGAAAAAAAUCGAUCAUAAAAAAGAUAAUAUUGUGAUUAAACAAAAAUAUUAUGAAAUAAAUAUAAAAAUUAAAUAAAAUUGAUUAGAAUUAUCUAAAAUUCGGGUAAAUCAUCUUAAGAGAUAUAAAAAACUGUUACAAAUGACAUGUACUGCGUUACCUUGACUUACUAGCCGAUACUGAUGAUGGAAUUUAAUAAAACCUUAACAAUCUUUGAGAUGGCGACGGAUGGGCGCGAUUCCACCUUCGGUUACGUGGCAACAUUAUUUCUUCUACUUUUUUAUAUUCAAUCGAAUAUCACGUGAAUAAUUAAUUGAAUGGUUCUUUGUAUACAAUUUCCAAAAAAAAAUGAUAAUGUAAAAAAUAUUUUUAUAAAUUCACGACGAAUUUACCAAAAACAAAUAAUUUUUUGGAAUUAUAUUCGAAGAUUCUUAUUUGUUGUUUGAAAAGUUUUCACCUUGGAGUAUUGUUUUCUUCUGAAAACUAUUUUCAAUUGUAAUAAUUUAGAUUCUCUUUAUUUUUUUAUAUAUUCAAAUAAUGGUUUUCGUCAUAAACUCGAUAGGAAACAUCAACGACGAUCAGAUCCGGAGAUUUCAAUGAAAAAGCACUUUUUUCACAUUUCAAGUUCUGCCAUCUCUAUAUUCAGGUCGGAAACUUUGCAAACAACCCUCGUAUUUUUAAAUUAUCGGAUAACUUUACAGACUUAGUAUGAUUAUUAUAAAAAAUAUUCUGCGUUGCCGUUAUUACUAGAUUAUAUAUUGUUCCACUGGAUCUGAUUAAUUAUAAAAAUUAAUUAAAUUACAUCUUAAAUUC